ACCGCACCCUACAAAGCAACAAAUCCAGAAACGCAAGUUCACGGAUUUAGUCUGCCUAGCAAAUUCGGUACGCUCUUAAACCAGAACACGAGGAUUUCUACGCAUUGAUUCAGUAACUUUCACGAGCUAACUCUUAUGAAACCACGCUGCGUUGUUCUUUAAGUCAUGUUGCUGCUGAUUUGCGGUGUCGUGAUUGUUACUUACAUUUUAUUUUACAAAACUUUUGUCGAGGGAGAGAAAUGCAAAAGCAAAGUCAAAUUACACGGGAAGACGGUCAUCAUUACCGGGAGCAAUACGGGCAUAGGAAGAGCAACCGCUGUGGAUUUAGCGAGACGCGGGGCGAGGGUCAUUUUAGCCUGUCGAAACCAAGUGCGCGCCGAAGCAGCUGUUGCCAUUGUGAAAAGAGAGAGUAGGAGUAACAAUGUAGUUUUCAUGCAUUUGGACCUGGCGAGUCUUAAAUCAGUGCGUGCCUUUGCUGAGAAUUUCCUCAAGACGGAGUCAAGGCUAGACUUGCUUAUCAACAACGCAGGAAUUUAUAUGCAGGGUACUACAGAAGAUGGCCUGGGUUUGAUGUUUGGGGUUAAUCAUCUUGGCCACUUUCUACUGACAAACCUGCUGCUGGAGCGACUGAAGGAGUGCGGUCCAAGUCGAAUCGUCAACGUGUCUUCCUUGGGGCAUAAUCUAGGCAGUAUAGAUUUUAAUUGCCUGAGUAAGCAUAAAGAGCUGGGUGUUGGAAACUCGCCUUGGGACGUCCUGAAGAUCUACUGCCACAGCAAACUGUGCAAUGUGCUCUUUACAUAUGAGCUUGCAAAGCGACUGCAAGGCACUAAUGUGACUUGUUACAGUCUCCAUCCAGGGGUUAUUGAUACUGAGCUGAGUCGCUAUGUCAACCCUACGUUCAGGAAGAUGAUGAAGCCCAUUAGCACGUUGUUUUUUAAGGAUGUUGAGGCUGGUUCACAGACCACCUUGUACUGCGCCCUUCAGGAGGGCAUCGAGUCACUGAGUGGCUGCUACUUCUCCGAAUGUGCCGUGAGGAGCGUUAAACCCGAAGCACGAGAUGAUGCGGUGGCCAAGAAGCUUUGGGAAGUGAGCGAGAAGCUCUGUGGUUUAUCUUGAGGUUUAUCCUUUUCAUUUUAAAAGAAGUGUUCACUUCUAGACAUUUAAGAGUUCUUUAAAGUCCGAGACAUUUGAAGUCCUCUGUGUGUGACAGCUAUACUAAUUUUCUUAGAUGCACCCGUUGCAGUUAUGGUCGCAUAUUAAGAUAUAAUGGUUGGAAAUGAAACCAUACCGCUAUAUUAAUACCCUUAUCUUUCCAAUUUUCCUAGUUCAUUCCUUUGCGCAAUCCAGAUAAUUGGUAUGUAACAUACUGCAAUAAAGCCUG